AUGGAUCCCUUGAAGGUGAACGAUGCAAGCCGCAAUGCUUUUCUGCCCCCGUUUGGGGCCAACCCGCUGAUUGACCUAGCCGUAUCCCACCCAACUGAUCGAAGCGAGCAUCGCCUAAGCAUCUCGUCAGGCAUCUCGGGUAAGCUUCGCAGGCGGUUCUCUCGGGAUGCUCGGCAGUUGCAUAGACAGCCCAAAAAGUCAGAUCGAGGGCCAUUGAUCCCAUUCCUGCAUUCUUCUAAGCACCCCGGCAGCCAUGCGGCGCAAGUUACCUCUCAUGAGUUAGGCGGCAGCUUGGUGAGCGAAAGAGGGUACGAUAGCGAUGCGCAGUACAUUGGAACGCCGAAGCAUCAAGUCUACACGGCAGAACACCGCCCCGGGAAUGGGAUAGGAGUUUCUCCUCAUCGUCAACCUCCGCCUCUUCCUGAGCCUGGCUUGGAGCCGUCGCGAGAGCAUACGUUUGGAUUAACCGUGGAUACCAAAGGCGUCGGAUAUGAACAACCCGUACACCACGGGGAAGGCGGCGAAUCUCAGUUGCUCUGGCCCUCUCGAGAUCACGAACAUCAACCCCCACACGCUGUACAGGAGUCUCCCUCGACCAGUUUCCAAAAUGUGGAACUUGGCAGUCCCCUUGGGACUCUCCGCAAUGAACCCUCCAGCCCCUGCUCCAGUGGGACCAGAGCAUGGGCGCAAGAACGGCCAUCGCCAAUGCAAGCGCCAGCACCCGUAGUAAGAGCACAAGACAUGCACCGCCCUCAUUCACCCCCGGCUCCAACAGGGUCUCCGAUGCCUAUAGCAGACAGCCUUGAAGAGAGUGCGAGUCAAGGUUCUGGCAGCGGACGCAACACCGGAGCGAUGGUCUACCCUACUCUUCAUGCCCAACAGCCACAGGGCUAUGCCACGUCUGCGGAGUCUGUAUCCGGCUGUCCUCCGCAAAUAGCUGUUAGGAAACGGCACCAGCGACCACAAAGAGCAUUAAUCACACAUGGCGAGCAGUCCGUGCACCUGGGGGAAAUGAACAUCCACAGAAUGCUCGCUUCAUCUGGAUCCACUACCUAUAUACAAACCCAGAGCAAUCCAUUCGAUGAAAAUCGAUCGACUAGCAAUGCGAUGUUAUGGAAUCCCAACAAAUAUGGAACACUUAACAGUCCACCGAUGCCCCCAAUCUGGGACGUGGCGGAAGCAAAGCUCUCUGAACUGCCUGGGAGCAUUCAAGAUCCACGAUCGCCGUACUCUCCAAAGACUAGCAUAUCGUCCGCCGGUCUUGAUCAAGAUGAGUCGAACAUUCCCAGUUUUUCACAGGGCUCAUCCGGCAACUUACCGGCAAGACGAACUUAUUUGCCAUCCGACUAUGCAGCUAUUUCUGCUACCACUGCUGAAGAAGCCCACGCCUUGAAAAGUAAAUUCACUGAGCGAUUUGGAUCAGAUCGAUCGAUCGGCCAUGCAGGGGUCGGUUCACACGGGGGCGACAAUAGUUCUUCUCGCAGAAUAAGCAUAGGGUGGAUGUCCGAAGGUCGACGUAUUGGAUAUGGAUAUACGCUUGUACCGCCAGAGAAUCCAAGCGAACUACCAGAUCAGAUGCAUUACGGGCAUGCAGGACCUGGAGGUUGCGGUGCCACCGAUAGCCCUAAUGGUUCGCCCGCGGGUAGCAUCACGGGGAACUCAGUAAAGCAGAGGUCACCAUUGGCAGCAGAGACAAAUCGAGGACCUCUGAAAGCAAACCGGUCGAGCUUCGAUAUAUCAGCUAUCCUUCAAAGGCUCGGCUUCCCCCGCUGGGCUGGCUCAAACUCAACUCUAAAGCCGAGCAAUAAUAGUGACGCAGCAAGCUGUGAUUCCGGUGGCUCUUCCAUGUUCGGGAUACUCACAAACAAGAAAAAACCCCACGCCGGACCCAAUCUUGACGCAGAAAAUCCUUGGGAAUUUUGCUCCUGGGUUCGUCCAUCGCAGAGCUCGGGUGGGCAGCAAGCACCUCACCAGGGCAGUGUUGGAUCGUCCGAGCAUGCAGAAGCACAACUGAUUGAGAAACUAGCAACGCUGCGCCGGAGAGGCGGUGCGUGGGCGGCGAAGCGCAAGGUCUCGGAACUCGCCCGUAAUCUUGAAAAACGAGCGGACCGCGCCGUAGCGAACAUUGCUGCAUCGGACCGAUUCCCCGUCGCGCAACGGACUGCGACACGAGUGCUCAAACUGAGAGCUCCUGCUAGCAAAGAGAGGCCGCGUGAGAUGCACAAUCACGAUCCUGCAUACUCGAGACACCAGCUAGAUGGUCAUCAUGAUUUCCAGAGUCCUCAAGCAAGGCCGCCCGUCCGGACGAGCACAGGAAGUUCGGGUGAUUGGGACAGCUUGUAUGAGGAAUGUCUGGAGGAGUGCUCGAUCCCUGAAUGA